AUGAUCGUGUUGGCGCUCGUAGCCCGCGGCUCGUACGUGCUUGCCGAGACGCACGACCCCGAACACGACCGCUUCCUCCCCGCAGCGCAGACGAUCCUCUCGCGCAUCCCGCCCAACUCUUCGAAGCUGUCGUACGCCUUCGAAGAGUGGCUCUUCCACUACGUCUCGCAAGACGGCAUGGUCUACAUGGCGGUGGCCGACGCAGAGACGGGCCGACGCAUCCCGUUCACCUUCCUAGCCCACGUCCAGAAAAAGUUUCUGGCGAGUUUCGAGGUUCCCGCCGAAGACGAUGCGACCGACUACAGUGGGUUGAGCAAGACGCUCAAGGAGAUGGUGGGGCGGUUCAAUGCGGACCCCCAGGCGGUGGAUCCAAUCGCCCAGGCUAAGAACGAGCUGGCAGGGGCCAAGGAUAUCAUGACGCAGAACGUGGAGCAGAUCCUGAGUAGGGGCGAGCGCAUCGAGCUGCUCAUGGACCGUACCGACAAUGCAGCCAACCAGUCCAUGGCAUUCAGAAGGAGAGCAGUGGGGUUGAGGAGACAGAUGUGGUGGAAGAAUACCAAGGUGCUCGCACUGUCCGGCUUCAGCGGCGUUGUGUUGCUCUUUGUUCUGUACAGCCUCGUCCACUAG